AUGGUCACAACCACAUCAAGCGCUAGUAUCUUACAUCCCAUUACCGUCGAUGAGGCGAGAAAUCAAAAUUAUUUGAUUGGAAGUGUUGGCUCAACAGAUUCACUUUUUGGUAGAGAAGAGUUAUUGAGAUAUUUUCCAAAUUCAAAAAUCAAAGUAUUUGUUGUUUCGUGGAAUAUGAGUUCAAAAAGUGGUCCAAAAGAUAUUAAAAAUCUAUUACUUCCUGAAUCCGUAACAUUUGUUCCCGAUUUAUAUGCCAUUGGUAUACAAGAAGGUCCGGAUAAACGUCAGAUAAAUGAGUUUCAAAUCCAAAUACAGGCCACAGUCGGUGCCAGUCAUGUAUUGUUUCAUUCGUCAACAUUAGGUGUUCUUCAUUUGUUAAUAUUUAUCAGAAGAGAUCUGAUUUGGUUUUGUACGAUACCUGAAGAUUCUUUCUUCAAUACCCGUCCUUCGGCUACAAAUUUGGUCAAAACAAAGGGAGCAAUCGGUAUUUCAUUUGCACUUUUUGGUACUUCUUUUCUCUUCAUUAACUCUCACUUAACGGCACAUCAAACUAAAAUUAAAGACAGAAUUGAAGAAUAUCUAAAAAUUUGCAAAUCUCUUGAUUUACCAAAAAAUCUUCAGCCUUUAAAUCCUCGGUAUAUCAGUAAUGAUGUGACGGCAAGAUUUGACACAGUUUUUUGGUUUGGAGAUCUCAACUUCAGAUUAGAGAUAUCAACUCAAGAAAUAAUGAAAAUUAUUAAUAAACCAAUAAAUUUGUCAAACGUAUCGGUCAAUUAUUUUAAAGAAUCGGAUCAAUUGAUAAAUGUUAUACAAAGAGGAUUAGCUUUUAAAGGUUUUAGUGAGCCGUCGGCGCCUAAGUUUCCUCCGACUUAUAAAUUCAAGUUAGGAAGUGAUGACUACGACCUCUUCAGCCAAAGAGUUCCAUCAUUUACUGAUAGGAUUCUCUAUCGCUCUAAAAGAGAGUCUCAUAUUAGUUCACUUUUGUAUGAUUGGGUGCCUUCAAUGGUUUCAUCAGAUCAUAAACCAGUCAUAGCUUUAUUUGAUGUUCAACUCAAACCUGGAAGAGAUGUCAUCAACCGAUUAAAUGCUGGAAAUUUUAACCGAAAUGUUUAUAUUGAAGCCAUGAAAAUACGGGCUAAUGAAUAUGCCAUUAAAAAUGGUAGUAUUGUUUGUAAUAUCAUGUAA